CGCGAAGCCUCCCGGGCGAGGAGGGGCGCUCGCAUUCUCCUGGCUCUCAGAGUGCGGGAACCCCCAUGCUUUGGCCUUCCAUUGGCCCGGGCCUCGUCACCGUUGUUUUAGGAUUGGUCGGCUGAUGCUCCUUUUCCCGGCCUCCCGGGGACUUCCGCUUCCGGUCCUGACGGCUGCUUCGGGUGUAACGAUGAUCGGAGACAUCCUGCUGUUCGGGACGCUGCUGAUGAACGCGGGGGCCGUGCUCAACUUUAAACUGAAGAAGAAGGACGCGCAGGGCUUCGGGGAGGAGUCGAGGGAGCCCAGCACAGGUGACAACAUCCGGGAGUUCUUACUGAGCCUCCGAUACUUUCGGAUCUUCAUCGCCCUUUGGAAUGUCUUCAUGAUGUUCUGCAUGAUUGUGCUCUUUGGCUCCUGAGCCCCAGAGGCAGAACUGGAAUCACCUGCCCAGGCGUGGAGUCUGCACUUCCUGUUCCCGCUGACUUCAAGGGCGCUUUAGAGCAAACCAGCAAGUGUCCCAGCAAGCCCCUGCUGUUGGGGGCGGAAGCUCCCAGCAUGGGCUGCGUGCGCCACAGUGACUCCCUGACCAGGAGCGGGAGCAGCUGGAGCGGCCCAUCCCCUCGCGGCGGAGCCCCUCCUCGGCCAGCCUCUUCGGGAGCCCUGCGCCCAGGUGUCCUCCCGGGUGUUCCUUGGUUUGCUUUUAAUAACUUCCCUUUUCGUCCACAUUGUGCGGAUUUGCACCAAUCACGGGAGGACUGGAGCAGAAGCGUCCGCCACGAGCUUGAAGAAACCCUUUCAGGCAGCGUCUGCCAACGCGCUGCGUGACUGUUGCGUGCUGGCUGCUGCCGGGGACAGCCCAGGGCGGCCUCCGGAUCCCUCCCAUCCGCCGCCCCGUGUGCCUGGCCACUAGGUUCUACAGCUGAGGUCACCCCAGGACUUGCCGGGUUAGGCCACCUGUCACGAACCUGCUAGAUGCCCUGCCUGGCGAGCCACUGGUUUCGAGGAGGGGAGCUCAGACAGGUGGUGGUGGCUGGGGGGCGGUUAGAGACCUGCUUUGCGUCAAAUGCCUUUGUUACAUAAAGGGGCCUUGGGGGUGCUCGACACAUA